AUGAAGAAGAAAUCAUCAGAGAUACCUCCACCUGUUCCGACAAUGUCGUUCUCUUCGUUGCCGUACGACCUCGUUCUCAACUGUUUGGCUCGUGUGUCGAGAUACCAUCAUCCAUUUUUAUCCAUGGUCUCCAAGGAUUUCAGAUCUCUCAUAGCUUCCCCUGAUCUUGAGGCUACACGAUCCCGCAUGGGGAUAACAGAGACUUACCUAUGUGUCUGCUUACCCCAGUGUCUCUGCUCACGCUGGCGUCAGUGUGGUUUCCACGAACACGAAGACCGUUAUUGCUGGUUCACACUUGCACCAAUCCCCAAACAAGUGAAAUUGGAACCCAUCACUUCGUUUUCGUAUCUCUAUCCUAAAUACUCAACUCUUCUCUCCAUUGGUUCAGAGAUUUACAAGACCGGUCUAACAGAACAAGGGCGUAGAGUCCCUGAGAUGCGUGUACCUCGAGAAGAUCCAGCCGUUGAUGUAAUUAACGGUAAGAUAUAUGUGAUUGGAGGCAAUAAGUCCAGUAAUAUUGAAGAUUGGGGAGAGGUUUAUGACCCAAAGACUCAUACUUGGGAGCCAGUAUUGCCCACAACACUUGAUCUCGCUAGUCAAAUGAGUGUGGUUCCUGGUAAGUUGGUAAUGGGUGGCAAAGUUUACAGCAUUGGUGAUGGUUAUAAGCUUAGCUUGAUGGAGACUUUUUGCUUGUUAAAGGUAGACAACAUGUUGUGCCAGACGUGGGUUGAGAUUGGGAAGUUAUUUUGGAAUGAUCCAAAGGAAAAUUUGGGUGGGACUAGGGUUAAGGGACUCGACAAACUGCCGGAAUUUAGCUAUCUAAGACAUCUUACGUGUUCCUCAUCCGCAAAUUCCGAUCAAGGAAGAAGAAGAGUGACAGUUUGGUGGGAGAAGGUGAUGGUGUCUUGCGGUCGAAGUCGCUUUUGUCAUAAGGAAUGUAAGACAGAUAUUUGGUGUGCAGAGAUUUCGUUUAAGAGACUCGAUGGUCUAGGAGACCUUUGGGGAUAUGUUGAAUGGUUUAAGAUUGUGUUCACUUUACACACAUGUCACGCUCCUUCCUAUUUCCUUAUGAAUUCUGUUAUUGUGACUUGUUGA